AUGCCCAUACCUGACUUUUACCAGAACUUGACGGAAUACAACGACAUUAUUAGCAACUCUACAAUCCAUCCCGGGAACGUCACAGAUGAGCAGGGCCUUAUUGAAAUCACUCUGCACAACUUCAACUACACUCCAGAAAGCAAAGACACCACCGCCGUGAGCAUGAGUGUUAAACUGAGCGAUCUGAACGAACAACAUGACCACAAUCUGCGGCUCCAAGGAGCGUACCAUCAGGAAACAGGAAAUUUGGUCGCCGUCUCGAAUUCGGGCAAGUUCAACGGAAUCUAUGGUCUGCCGCAUCUGAACCUUGAAGAUGGCCGCUAUUUCAACCAGACAAGGGUGCUGAUGGAGAGUAGUGUCAACCGCACAGAUAUCGACUCGCUGGACAUGUCCUAUCUCGAAGACCUGCUCGGGAAGAGCGCCAAUUGCGAAUACAUAGCAUAUAUGCAUUUUGAGGCCACCAACCUAACUUCAGAGGAACUUGAGGUGAUUGACACCGAGCUCGAGACCCCAUUGGGACGACCACAUAGACCUAUACCCAAAAUCAAUCUGGUUUCUGGUCUCUUGUACUCGCCAGACUGCGGUUUGUCGAUCCGGGUGAACAAGGCCGUGGGACCGCGCGACGAGGUCCAACAGAACCAGAUCAAAAACGUUCUUCUUUUCGGGAUUUUGCUGAUGAGUGCUCAGAUUUGGCUAUUCAUCAAACAGAUGGGCUCCACAAACACUCCGUCCACGAUGUCAUGCAUCUCAUUCUGGUCGGUUGCCACCAUCAACCUUGUCGACGGGUCGUUGUCGAUGAUCUCACUUUUGUGCUCGCUUGUGAUGGACUCGCUCUACAUCCAGUUUGCCGUUUGUGCUUUUCUGGCCUUCACCUGUUCGUCUAUAUUUGAGAUGAGAUAUAUGAUACUCAUUUACGCAGCACAGAUCAACGAAAGGAACAUCAGCUGGAGAACCGCUUUCCAGGGCACCCCGAUAGACGAGCGCGAAAAUAAUACCGAGAACACACAACCGAACCAACCCAAUCCCGUGACCGCCCAAGACGAACAGGCCAUCAGCGGCCAGCUGUACAUGCGCUUCUUUUUUUCUCUAAUUGUGUUUUCCUUCCUGGUGCUGAACGUGACACUAUGGCCGAAACCGCAGCGUGUCGGCUUUGAGUACUUGAUCGGACUCCUGAUGAAUUCAUUUUGGAUCCCGCAAAUUUAUCGGAACGUGAUCAGAGGUUCCAGACGGUCUUUCAGAAAAGAUUUUAUAAUAGGCACCUCCAUCAUCAGACUCCUGCCAAUAAUGUACGUCACGAUGUUCAAGAACCCAUUCUAUCACCACAAGGAUUACAAGCUUGUCACAUUGCUGACUCUUUGGCUGGCAUUACAGAUAUUCAUGCUGUACCUACAGGAGCUGCUGGGGCCUCGCUUUUUCCUCCCAGACAAAUAUCUUCCCAAGACUUACGAUUACCACCCAGUUCUUUCGUUCGACGAUCUCGAAAACUCGUUCAAUGUGGACCACGAGGUUGUUGACUCGUCACAUUCACACUCGAGAUGCAAGAUAGAUUGUACCAUUUGUAUGAACUCCUUCGAGGUUCCUGUUCUCCAUAGCGGUCACGAUAAGGAGGACAACAGCAGCAUCGGUCUGAUGGCUCGUCGCUCCUACAUGGUGACGCCCUGCAGACAUAUUUUCCACACCGAAUGUCUGGAGAAUUGGAUGAAGUACAAACUACAAUGUCCCGUUUGCAGAAAUAGUCUGCCACCCUUGUAA